UGCAUCUUCGAAGUGUGUGGGAUUUCAUGUCUGGCUUCAACUGCAUCCAAAAGUCGCAUUUUCUCUCCCGUUUUCCUCGGUAUUUUUGCUGCAGUAUUUGGUCUCAGUGGCACCCUUAGUGAGAAGCCCUUUUAACCCUUCAAGUCGCUUUGAGUUGCAGCAAUGGCAAUCGGGAUGUUUGAACUCUAUAAAGCCAGCAGUUGUGUGACCCUGAUUCUCUUCUUGAAGUAUUUCAUCAGCAACAUGCGAUGGGGCUUUGCCAAGGGGAAAGCAAACCUCCGGGCAAAAGAGGACUUCAACAACAAUGCGAAUGCUACGGCUGAUGAUGUGGAGCGUGCGAACCAUGCCGGCCGCAUCAUUCAGAAUGACCUUGAAAACCUUCCAAUCGGUUUGAUCGUGAUUUGGGCUUCUCUCCUGACAGUGAAUGCUUCUUACACUGUGCUUGAAGAUGGAGAGGCUGCCUGCCUUACGCACCUGGUGUUCACUUGCCUCUUUUGUAUCUUUCGUGUGCUCCACACAAUCAUCUACGAGCUCAAACUCGGGCUGCCGCGCAGCCUUGUCUUCGUCUUGAGCAUGUGCAGUCUAUUUGGAUUGAUGAUCCUGAUGAUCGUGUGUGCAUUUUACUUGCCAGAGACACCAAGCUCUGCUCGGUGAAUGCCAAGAAUAAUUUGGUGGACAGUUGCAGCAGGUGCACCUGAUUGAUGCCUUCAAGACAAACAAUGGUUCUAAUGGUGGGCAAAUAGUGUUGUGAGAUGUUGUGAGAUUCUGUUCAGAUACUAUUGGGUAGCACCAGUGUGUCAAGGGGCCGUCGUGCUGUUUGCAGCACGGGCACAGAGGUCUUACAUUUUGACCAAGAGACCCUGAAUGCCGGCCUUAGUAAUUUGCCUUUUGCCUAUGUAAUUUGCCCUUUGCCUAUGAUCCAACGCGUUGAAGCACAGAGCCGAAGUUUGCACAGCGACGCGCAAAA